AUCAAGACCAUGGCAAUCCUCGGGUCCCUGCUGCUGCCACUGGGGCUGUUUCUGUGCCUUGGACUGCUGUGUUCUCCUGCCAGCUGCAUAAGUCACAAUGGCAACUGCAUGCUCUUCAAUAAGGUCAUUGUCGCCACUUACUCAGAAAUCCAUGCCAACCCAAACGUCUAUAGAAGCAAUACAGUCUACACAGUGUCAGUUCCUGUGAAUAAAAAUAUUACCUCUGUGAUCCUGCGAGCAAUAGACCAGGACAACUCACUCAUUGGCUCCUGGCAAAAAGCUGACAAGUAUUGCAGCAGCAGCGUCUUGUACCACAUGAAGAGCCGAUACAGCAAGCUCUUCGAGGCAAAAUGGGUAUCUCCUAGUUUCAUGAACAUAACUACAGUCGAGCUACAGUACCAGUUGAGUCUCCCAGCACCCCGAGGUCUACAUAAGAUUAGCUCAACCCCUUAUCCUGUGCCCUGUGGAAAACAAAAGCCAAUUCCAGGGGGCCUUCGAUUCUCAUGGUCACUUGUGGCUCCAGACGCCGGCUUCCUUAAGAGCUGUUUCCAUUCAACACCACAGAGACAUGGAUAUGGAAGGACAACCUCAGACUUGACCACCAAGAUCUCCACAAUCAAGCCAACCACAGCCACAACCCCAAUCCCAACCCACAAGCUAACCACAACCCCAACCCACAAACUAACCACAAGCCCAAUCCACAAACUAAACACAAGCCCGAUCCACAAACUAACCACAACCCCGACCCACAAACUAGCCACAACCCCGACCCACAAACUAACCACAACCCUGACCCACAAACUAGCCACAACCCCGACCCACAAACUAACCACAACCCUGACCCACAAACUAACCACAACCCCGACCCAGGAACUAACCACAAUCCACAAAAUAACCACAACCCACAAGUUAACCACAACCCAAACCACAGCCAAAAGUUUGGCCAACAGAGCCUUCCUCAGCCCCAUGAGAGAUGCCAUUCAGAUCCUGCUCGUCUUUCUCACCAGCAAACUCCUCUUCUAG